GCUGGACAGUGACAAGCCUCAGUUCAGGCAGCUCCGGACGGCCCGAUGCAAGCCAAACGAUGACCAGUUGUGGCCAGCGGUCCCUGAACGUGGUCACCGUCCUCUCGCUGCUGAUUUCGGCAGUCUUGUCCGCGCAUUUCCGGGUCUGUGAGCCAUACACGGACCACAAAGGCCACUACCACUUCGGCUUCCACUGCCCCCGGCUCUCGGACAACAAGAGCUUCAUCCUGUGCUGUCACCAUAACAACACGGUUUUCAAAUACUGCUGCAACGAGACGGAGUUCCAGGCGGUGAUGCAGGCGAACCUCACGGCCAGCUCCGAGGGCUACAUGCACAACAACUACACCGCCCUGCUGGGCGUGUGGAUCUACGGCUUCUUCGUGCUGAUGCUGCUGGUCCUGGAUCUUUUGUAUUACUCGGCAAUGAACUACGACAUCUGCAAGGUUUACCUGGCGCGUUGGGGCAUCCAGGGACGGUGGAUGAAACAGGACCCGCAGCGGUGGUGGGACAGGGUCCCCGUCACGGGACAGGAGGUGAGCGAGCCAGCUGUGUUCAUCUGGGAGAAGAGGCCGGGCCUGCAGGUGCGGGUGCGGAUCCGCCUGGCUCCUCCGGAGAACCGGAGCCAAUUAGAUAGAGACGCAUAA